GACUUUCAAACGAAAAUGUUAGCCAACUCGAUACUUCCCGUUCGUUUCUUGCCCACUUUUUCCAGCCAAUAUUUGCGUUGGUUGCGCGUCCACUCGAGCAGGGCUGAUCUGCUGUUCUUGCUGUUCUUGCCGUUAUUAUCAACCUCCUUGGUGAUUGUGGAGCGGACGGAGCGGGCCUCGUCCCAGGAGGAGGAUUCUCGCUCCUGUCCAGAGUUUCGGGUGCGUGUGAUGAAAUGUGUCGCGCCACAGCGCUUUCCACAAAAGCGAUGAGCCCAUGAGCAACAUGUGCAGCAUGUGCAAUUUCUUCAGGGGUGGGAAAAGAUCUUCUGAUACCCUGGAUGUUUCGACGGUUGGCUCACCCUUCCAAUGAUUCGAUUUCUUUAUGCGAAUCGAGGGGACUGAACGCUACAAGCAAGCCCUGGUGAAAUUCCAACGCGGACGUCUCAUCACUGCUCCCAUGGUGAAGGAACCAGGAUACUAUGAACUCAUUGUCGACACCGAGCGAUUGCAGAACGAUGACGCGCCCGAACAGCCUUGUUUCCAGGUCUUCGUUCCAAUCGGGUUUAUGUUGAGUUUCCAGGACUUCUUCGAGCUCCACUUUAACCUCGCCGGAUUUUGUUGGAGAGAGUGGCUUGUCCCGUUCGACAAACUGGUUACAUGUGCGAAGAUCUAUCCUCGCGAGGCGUGCGGAGUAUGGCUUAUCUGUGUGCCCAUCGGCAGGUACCGCACUGAGAACUAGAUACUAGUUGAUAGAGAUAAGCAGUGCGGCGGAUACAAGAUACUCGGUUAUUUACGUUGCGGUCAAUGAUGAGUACCUAACUGCC